AUGGAAAAGGUCAAAAUGAAUCAUUUGCCGUUGGGAUCUGAUCAAACUAUUGAUUUUAAACGUUAUUAUUUUUAUGGCUUCAUCAUUAAUCUUUUGCCAAUUUAUAUAUUUUAUCCAAUAAGAACCGCAAAAACUAUUCAACAGUCAAACAUUGGUACUGAAUUGUCAACAUCUUUAUUUGAAGUUUUUAAAGAAAGAUUAAAAUCAGAAGGAACACGAGGCUUAUUUAAAGGUGUUGGUGUUUAUGCGAUGGGUAGUAUAGGUGGUAGAUUAGUCCACUUUGCAACCUAUGAUGCUUUAAGAGAACGUGUUGGUAAAGGUAAUGCAAAAAAUAUUGGUCUCUCGUGGCUUGAAGGCCAUAGUCAAACAACGAUCAAUGCUUUCUUGGGAACAUUGAGUGCUGUAAUUACCUCUAGCUUUAUGGUACCAUUUGAUGUUAUAUCACAACAACUUCAAAUUUCUAAGGCAUCAUCGUCUGGAAUAGACACUGUAAUUCCCGCAACAUUCGAAAUCGUAUCAAAUACAACACCCGCAACAACAUCAUCCAUCAAAACAGCAUUAAUUGAGUCAUCUCAAAAAAAUUUCAUUACACGUUUAAAACCUAAUGAUGUACCACUUUAUCGAUUUUUAUAUCGCGGCUGGACCGCAGGACUACUUAACACUGUUUCAUUUUUCCCCACCUAUUUUUUUGUUUACACUUAUACACUGGAACAACUGAGACUACAACAACAAAACAAUCUAUAUUUAAAAAAUAUUUUACCAACAUCGCAUUUUUUACUUUCUGUAACGUCAGGAGUUGCAGCAGGAACUAUGGCAACCUUUACGUCGGCACCUUUUGACGUUGUCAAAACCAAAAUUCAAAUAGCUAGAAAAUCCGGUCAAGGAGACUUGAAAUGGUUAAAUGUUGCGAAUCAAAUAAUCAAAACCGAAGGAAUGAGAGGAUUGUUUGUUGGUAUGUCGGCUAGGUUAUGGAUUGUUAUACCGUUAGGAAGUUUGAAUUUCUGGGUAUUUGAAAAAGUUAAAGAGUGGAGUACCGUAGAUGUUGCUGUUAAUCCGGAUGAAAAAAGUUGA